UAUUUACUAAAAUUAAACUAUGAAUCUGCUUUAUAAACAGCACUGCAGGAAUGCUACAUUUAUUUUCCAUAAGAUUCACCAGUUUGAUUUUUUUAGACGAUAUGUCUCAAACAUAACACAUUUUCACUGUUCUAUUGAUAGUUUUUUCAAUAAAAAAUGUAAAGACAGUUGUCAAACUUUCUGUUAUUCUAUGUCCGUAAAGUGUUACCCAUGUUGUAUUUCAAGGAGUUAUAAAAUUAUUUUAUUUUGUCUUAAUUGUUUCAGUUGAAUGUGUUUGCAAUGUGGAGAGAAGCAUAAAAGCAAAAGCUAAUUUAGAAGUGGAGCACAUUUAUAAAGAUUUCUACGUAAAAGUUAGGAUUUUUUUCAGGACAGUUGAUUUUGAUCAUAGAGAAAUGCUGAAAGUGUUUUUUUUUUCUUUUUUUGAUGAUUUAUUUAAGGAUUAAAUAAUCUAAAAAGAAAAAAAAAACCUAAUCUGAAGAAAAAUAUACUUGCUCCAAAACUUUUGACAGUCCAAUUUCAUUUUCUAAACCUUCAUCCAAAAAAAGGAAAAAACAAACAAAACAGAAAAAAAUCAGCCAUUGGGUUUGUUAUGUUGUCAAAUUUCGUUUUAUUUCCUCAGGUUUGACCUCAGGACAGACAGAUGGAGCGAUUCAGCAGCAGCGUCUUUGCUGCGGUCUUUUCCUCUGCAGUCAUCUUCAGAUGUGUUCAUUCUGCUGCUGUUUUUGCUGCUGGUGACCUCAAAGGCCCUCAGAGACAUCUUUUGGUGGAGGAUGACUUCCACUUGAACAGCACUCAACAUGCCAAUGACGUUCCAAAAUCUCUGCAGUGGACUUAUUUAGCAGCAGGUCUGGGUACGGUCCUUUCCAUCUCGCUCCUCAUUGUGAUGGGUGUUAAGUUCCGGGUUUUCCAUCGCUUCCUGGCCAGCUACAGACACUCCCUGCUCCAGGAGACAGACGGGGCCAGCCAGUACGGUCAGGACGAGAUGUCUUUCCCCAACGUGUCUGGCCAAAUGAGCGCAGCUCGACGGACUCAGACUGGGCUGGAGGACGAUGACGACGGCUUCAUUGAAGACAAUUACAUCCAGGCCAGUGAGAAAGAGAAGGCUGAUAGAGAAAGUCAGGGAAGAUUCAGAGACGAGGAUGAUGACAGUGAUGAAGAUCUGCAUUUCUCAAUAGGAUAAACAAUUAAAAAAGAUGUUGCUUUAAUUAAAAGAAAUGUCUUAUGCAAUUUAUUUUUUACUUUUUUUUAGACUUUUUCAAGUUUAGUGGAAAGUCAU